AUGCUCUAUGAUCGCAUGGAUCCUGCUCCAUUCACCGAUGUUCAGUUGCAGGAGUUGGGGCACUUGAAGGGCUUGAAAUCGGUGCUGAGAUGUCGGCUCCAUGCUGGUCAGGGCUCCCUGGCAAAAGCCAUAGCUGCUGAUCCCUCCUGCCAAGAGAUGGUGCAGACAUUGAUAACGGCAUAUUCGCCUGCAAAUGACGACAACAAUCUGGGGUCUUUGGCACGGGGCUUCCACAACUCGUCAAGGCUUAAGCACUUGUUUCAUGAGAAUGUGGUGCGGGCCUUCGAAUCCUUGGACGGCAAACUGAAGUCCAUUGCUUCAUUUCGGUACGCCGCACAACGUUUCGAUUCAAUUUUGGAUAUCGCACAGCUUGUGGUGCUCCAUGUGCGCCCGAUUGUAACAGCACUCCUCGAGUUCAGGAUCCAGGACCCCAAAAAAAGUAAAUGGGUUGAGCAUCUUCUGACCUUCUUCACAGGACCAAAGCUCUUGCUAUUAGCGUUGCUUUGUGAACUAGCUGCCUCUGCCAGUCGAUACCACCAUAAGUACGACAACCUUGGGGCACAGCCUGGCCUAGUGACGAAAUCUGCCUAUUGGUUGCAGAACCUCAGCGAGGAACUGCACAGGUUGUUUUUCUUCACACAUGGUGAACCACUGGUUCUCGCUGACCACUAUACAGCAGGCUACGUAUCGAUGAUGCGGUCCAGCUACGAUCUCCUGAUCGAGGAAGGUGUGAUAAGUGGGGACCGCUUGGUUUUUUACAGGCCCGGCCUCCGAUCGGAGGCAAACUUGCGUAGGGUUCUCGCAAGAGAAUUGGGAUCUAUCCAGAACGUUGCCACGCUCUACUUACAAGCGCUGGAACCUGGCGACGUGAGCGUCGCGGCGUCAACGACCUUGAAGCCCUUGGCCGACAUUCUCGGUUCGGAUGUCUUUGCCUGA